AUGCGGAGGUUGCUGAGCUUCUGCUGGGCUACGACAUCGAUCCGGACAUCAAUACCGUGCGGCUUCACAUCUCUGCUACCUCCAGCACUGAUCUUUGUGAAGUGCUGGUGUCUAGUCGAGCAGACAUCACAGCACGCACGGCGGAUCAGGAUACCCCACUCCACUUUGCAAAUUGUUUCCAGCAGCUGGACACCAUCGAGCUGCUCUUGA